AAUGGAUGCGAUACAUAUAUCACAAAACGCAACUGAGAAAGCAUUAAAAUAAUGACGAAUUUGUACAAAUAGCGAUAUAUUACCGUUUUCUCGUCUACCAUGGUAUCCAAGACAGCACAGGCGAUUAUACGCCUUGCCCAGGUGGAGAAAAAUGACGAAUUGCAGCGAAUCUUGAAUGGAAUUACCUUGGAAAAGAUUGGUAGCAUCCUUACUACACUUUCCAAUGAAGAUGACCUUAAUGUUCCCAAAUUUCUCCAAGGAAUUUUUCAUGGAUCACCUUGCAACAGCUCGGAAGGCCUUAAAAGACGCUCAUUUGUUUUCCCACAUUGUAUUGAAAUUUUAAAUGAUGUUGACCUAUCAACCAAGGUAGCAACAGAGUAUUUAGGAAUUCUAUUAUUUGAGAUUGAUAAAACAUCCAGUGAUAUAUUAUGUGAUUUGUGCGAUAAAAUCUUGGAUAAACUCCGAAAAGGAUUGAUGAAAAAUGGAAGAGUGCUACAGCUGUUCCCAACAAUUUUGUCUUCCAUUGCUUCGAGAGAUUCUCUUUCACUUAAUGAUGGCACACUGUCUGGCAACGAAUAUAAAAGUCAGAUGAUCAAUACUCUCUGCUCAAUAAAAUGGCAUCCAAAUUGUGUUAUUCAUCUUGCCAACAUGUUCAGGGAAGUUUCAUUAAGUGAUAGUGAAUUGAAGUUUGUUAUCGAAAAGGUCAUCAGGAUGUUUAAAGAGCUUGAUAUUGAGGAAAUUCCUCCUGUUGUGUAUCAGUUAUUAAUCUUAUGCUCCCGGGGACAUUGGCUUGUUGUUCUUGAAGGAAUCGUUGCUUACUUUACCCAACUAAAUUGUGACAAUGGUAGUCCAAAUGAACUACUAGAAGAAAAUGAAUUACAUCAAGUAUCCAGUGAUCAACUCCGUCAUACUCAGGGAAACGUUAUUCUUCAUAUUACAUUUGCCAUAAAGAGAGAUCAAAAGUUAGGAAAAGAAUUCAUCAAAUAUCUUAAGUCUCAACAGCAUCAACCUCAAAAAAUUCUGGCGUCAUUCAACCUUGCAAUAGCUUUAUCAAUUGCGCAGAGCCACAGAUUUGAAGAACCUAUACUUGAUGUGCUAAAAGCAGCUGUUUUGAAGAGCUUUAAAAAUAUUCAACUGCAAAAGGCUUCAAAGUGGAUACAAGAUAAUGUUGAAAAAAUGCCAAAUGUAUCAGUUGAAGUUUUACAAACAGUGAAGAAUAGCGUGUUUGGCUGGGAUUAUGUUGUUCAAGGAAUCGUACACCUCGGCUUUUAUUUAAUGGAUACAUUUGGUUCAAAACACUAUGUCUCGGAUUCAGGUUUGGUGAAGCAAAUUACUCCACAACAGGAGUCUUGUCGUCUUGGAAGUGAAAUUUUGUUGAAGACAUUCCAGACUCAUGAUGUGAUAAGAACAGAAAUACUAGAACAGAUUUUCAACAGGUUGUUGACAAAAUCUGGUGCAGCUUCGUAUCAUUAUAUAGAUCUCCUAAAAAAUGCGGUUUCAUUAAAUCCUCAGGCUCUUCUGGACUCCUUACCUAAGGUGAAAGAGAUACUAGAGUAUUUAUCAUGUCUGGCAUUUAAAACUUCUCAAGGACUUCUCCAAGCAAUUUUGCCAUUAAUGAAGAUUAGUAUUACUUUGAGGGAUUCCCUCAUGCUUGUUUUGAGAAAGUCGAUGUUUUCGAGGAGUUUGGAAGCGCGUAAGAUUGCCGUAUAUGGUUUUCUUAUUGUUUUGAAACAUUUUAAGGUGUCUGGAGGGAACAUUACAUCAAGUCAGAGUAUAAGCCAUAGCAGUCAAUGUUCAAGUCAUUCGCUCAGUCAAAUACAAGUUGAUGUUCAUAGUACAAACAAUGGUCUCAACUCGGGUAAUGAGGCUUUAUGCUUGGAAAUAAUAGGUGGUUUAAGACGUUGCUUCAAUCAGCAAGCCGAUGUACGCGUUCUUCUCUAUGAGGGGCUUUGUGAUGUACUGGACCUAAAUUCUCACUUACGGCAAUCUGCUUUGGAAAUUAUCUGUGCUCAUUUUUUAAAAUAUUACGAGGAGGAAGAGGAUAUUCUUCCUCCGUUGAAACUUGAGCCUUGUCUCACAGCAUCUGGCGAUCAGGUCUUUCUUGCCGAACCUCUGGCCCAUUUACUGUGCUUGCUGAGUCAGACUGUAAUUGUAAGUUUUAAUGAAGAAGAAGAAGAAAAAGAGGAAGUCGCAGAUGAUGGUAUUGAAAACCUGAAUAACUUAAUGAAAAAAAUACGGGAUAUCUUAAACUCACUAACACAACGUAUGAAGAGAAGUGACUUGGAGGAUUUCCAGCUGGAUAAAUUAGCAGAUUACUCCAUGACGAAUGGUGUUGGCGUAAAAAACAAUAUUUUUGCCUGUAUUGUUCUUGGAGUCCUUGAGGUUUUAAUGGAACAUUCUUUCAUCUUGGGGGAAUGUAGUAUGGAGGCUUGUGAAUUGGUUUUGGAAUUAUUCAAUAAAUAUUGUAAACUGUCUAACGUUUUGAAAGGGAUAACAUCAAGUCAGUCGGUUAAAAAGUCCAGGCAGUCAUCAUCCAAACAGAUUGCUAGAAGUAUGCUAUCGCUUGGUGCAAUCACCAUCAUCCUUGAGGCAUUGUUUAGUGAUGGUCUUCCCAGUCAUCAAACCAGUUUGGAUGUACUUCGUAAUUCUGGCGAGUUUGUUCAGUACGUGCUAAGUGUUACACAACAAAAACUAACACAGAUCAACGAUAAAGGAAGCUGUGAUGGAGUUAAAGGGACAAACGAUAAUCACAUCUGUCGUCAAAGUACAAGAAUUGCUAGAGUUCUUUUUAAAAUGGUUGAUGGAGAGAGCUCAAUAAUAAAGAAAGACAGUAAAAUUAUCAACCAAUGUUUAAAUGGUGUCUUUCUUGUGAUGAACAUAUUCGGGAAUAAAUAUCCAGCGAAGAUACAAAAAUUUCUUUUGGCUUUAGAUCGAGGUAACAACGAGACAGAAGACGUCUGCGAUGAAAAUCAACUUAUCUACAAAUAUAUUAAGAAAUUUCAGAGAUUUGUUGUGACAACAUUGGCAUCUCCUAAUGAUAUGAUGACCUUCAAAGAUAUUCCACAUAUGAUGAACAUUAUUGCUUUGUUAACGAGAUGCUUAAAAGAAGACGCUGAUCAGAUUUACCUUGUUCAGUCAUGGAUAAAGAGAAUCUGCUUAGAACAUAAUACUGAUGACAUCACCGUUUGCAAAAGUUUUGUGUCGUUUUUACUCACUUUGACUUCCAAAUGCAAGAGCAAGCUGACAUGCGUAAAAGAAAUUUCUGUUGACAUCCAUAAACAACUUGGCGACAUUGACGAAGAUAUUGAAUUGAAUGCUAAUUCGUAUUUUACCAUAGUCAAUCUAAAAACUGCUCCUGCCAUCUUGACAAUAUUGCUCGGUGAGGUAGAUCUUCAACUCGAAGAAAUUGAUUGGUUCGUUACAAAAAUGAAAGCUGAGAAAACGAAAGAUAUAGUAGAAAAUGAAGAAGUUCUGGACGAUGAUAUAAGUCCCUCAAUGCCCACUGAUAAUGAUGAAAGAUCCAUUUGUGAUCGAUUGAUAAGUAUGAUACACGUGUUUCGCGAGCUUGUUCAGUCUGCUAUAGCAACAGGACCUUUAUCAGAACUCUUACUAAAGACCCUAACUAAGUUUUAUACUGUUCUUGGUAAUCUAACAAAAUACUAUUUAUACAUAUACAAUCAAAAAGCCGGUCGCGUUACUCCAUCUUUUGAGAAAUUGGUCAAGUGUUCUGGUCUUCAGCUGUCGUCUCAUGUGUACGCAUUUUUGACGUACGUUCAAGCAACUGAACAGGAAAGGAACGGAAAAGAUAAAAAUAGAACAGGAAGCAUAACAAAGGGUAGAGUGUUAAAAGAAAUGCGGUCAGUGCCAAAUCUUAUCUACUCCCUGGAACAAUACGAACGUUAUCUUAUUCAACUGUCAAAAAAAUCUAAGGUAAAUUUAAUGGAUCAUUUCAAGAGAAGCACUGCAAGAGAUUUUAGAAUUAAUGGAGCGACACUUGACGCUGCAUUAAGGGAGGAAUCAACUGACGAGGAAGAAGAGGAUACGGGAAAAGAAAAUGAAGAACCGCCAAAAAAGAAAGGCAAGUCUCAAUCUAUGACAACAUGAUGCGAACGAUGUGUUAUAGUUAUGCCCAAAUAUUAAAAAACUCAUUUUCAAAUUUCCUCAUUUGAAACGCGAGCAACGCGGGCUCAAGAAAUAUCAGUUUUGAACACACUUCCACAAGUUGUUUUAGUGAUUUGGGUAGUUGCAAGUCCUGCCAAUAGUUUAAACAAUAUGUAUCUCUCAAAGAAAUUUUGUACAACGAAUAUUUAUUCCUCAAA